GUAUUUUCGACGCGUUUGCGGUCACGCAGCUGAGUUCGCGUCUGGCCGUCGGAGGUGGAGGUUGUGUGCUUGCUGUUGGGCAGCAGCAGCUCCUUAGCUCCCAAAGGAAGGCGUUCGCUGGGCCUUUCUCUGCUGCAGUGAGGCGUCGACGGCCUGUGGCCCUGAGUUUUCGGGAAGGGGUCGUCGAAGAAAAGGAAGCGCGGAAGCUGCCGGCCGAGAUGUCCAGCUACGUGAACGACCUGUGGCCGGGCUCGCCGCGCAAGGCCUCGCCCUCGUCGUCGCGGUCGGGCCCGUCCAGCCGGCUGUCCUCGGCGUCCGGGAGCCGCUCUCUCCGGAGCUCUCCGUCCCGCUGCAGCGUCUCGAGCCGGUCGUGGUCCCGGAGCCGCAGCCGCAGCCGCAGCGCGCCCGGGCGGAGGAGCCGCUCGAGGUCUCGCUCCCGGAGGCGCCAGCAGAGGAGGUACCGGCGCUACUCGCGCUCCUACUCGCGGAGCCGCUCGCGAUCCCGCAGCCGCCGCUGCCGCCAGAGGCACGACGGCUCCUCCAGGAGGUCCUGUCGCUCCCGCAGCCGCUCCCGCGGCCGCUCGUAUUACCGGAGGGCCUACGCCUUCGCGCGCGGCCGCCGCUCCUACGGCUUCGGCCGCACUGUCUACCCGGAGGAGCGCACAGGCUGGAGGGGGCGGUCCCGGACCAGGUCGCGGAGCCCAAGCCCCUUUCGCUUGAGUGCAAAAGAUCGAAUGGAGCUGUUAGAAAUUGCAAAAGCCAAUGCAGCAAAAGCAUUAGGAACAGCCAACUUUGACUUGCCAGCUAGUCUCAGAACUGUUUCUGUAUCUAAAGAAGCAAACCGUGAAACAGCUGUACUGGAUAAUGGUGCAAAGUCUGAGCUCUUGGAUAAGUUAACAGAAGAUGGAACAAAACCCAAUGAGAAGUCUUCCCAGCAAAAAAGCAUAGCUUUUAGCCCUGAUAAUUCUGUAGCAAAGCCAGUGCUUCAGAAAUCAGUGAAAGCUACUGCUGAAGAGACGUCUUCAGGAUCCCCAAAAAUAGAUAAGAAGAAAAGUCCAUAUGGACUGUGGAUACCUGUCUAAAAAAGAAAACCAAUAUAGCUGAAGUUGCCUGAAAUGCACUUUUUUUGCGAGUUUGUGUUUCUAGCAUUAUUCCGUUCCUUUAAACCAUUUAGUGAUAAUUGUUGCAAUUACAAGUGACAACAAAAAAAUGUAAAUACUUGGUAUUUAAUAAUUAACAUUUUAGGUUUCUCUUGCAGAUAGGAGAUAGCACAAAUGGACCAGAGGUUAUGCACAGGUGGGAUUCGUGUAUAUAUACUUGUAAAUGUUUUGAAUAAUAUGGAUUGGUUAUGUAGAAUUGAAAUUUUUAAGACAGUGAACUUUAUGUUGUAUAUAUUUUGUUAAUAAAUUUGUUUUUAUUA